GGACUUUGUUUUUUUAAAAAAAAUCUCUUUGGGUUCCAUCAUACAAGAACGCUAUGUUUUCGCUCACUCUCUUUCUUCCAUCUUUCUUCUCUUUUCGAUAUUUUCUGUGUUUGUGGAUCAGUUUUUUUGCUGUUGACUCUGGAAGUUGUCCUUCGCGUUCUUCCAGCAUUACCGACUUUGUUACAACGAACCGCAUUUACCGAACCAUUGAAGCGAAAGAUGCUUUCGAAUGCUUUUUAAACUGCCAAGAUGAUGACAAUUGCUCUUCGUAUAACUAUGAAUAUCAGUCUWACCAACCAGAAAAGCACGUUUGUGAGAUUAGCAGAUGUGGGACAACAGGGACGACGUUAGUCUCAAAGGAACGAUUUUGGUUUCAUGAGAUUAGACAAUCUAAGAUUGAAGAUCUGUGCAAACUUGUGUGUAGUAUCGGUCCUCUGGGAAUGGAAAGUGGAGUGAUUCCCGAUUCAAAUAUCACAGCCUCGUCAAAUUAUGGUAGUGGCUAUGCACCCGCAAAAGCAAGAUUAAAUUUUGUUCAAGACGGAGCGGCGGCAGCCUGGGCCUCAGCGUCAAAGUCCGUGGGGGAAUGGAUACAAGUCGACUUGGGCAAGCUAACUAAUGUUACAGGCAUAGCUACACAAGGNAGCAAGUACGAAAACGAAUGGGUGACAUCCUACAGUCUCAAGUACAGCGUUGAUGGUACCGCUUUCACAGACUACGAAUCAGGAAAGAAGUUGACUGGAAACACCGACAUCAACACUGUGGUAAAAAAUGACCUUCUCCCAAGCAUAUACACCAGAUACAUUAGGUUGAGAGUCGAGUCUUGGAAGGGACAUCCAUCUAUGAGGAUGGAGCUGUAUGGUGUUAUCUGUAAAUAGCACGUCCAAUAUGGCGCUAGAUAUUGUAUACUAAGGUUUUGGAUCUAUUCUUAUUGCAUUCGCCAAGGUGCACUUUAACAAGGUCUGAAUGGGGGCGGGGAGGGGGGGUCUCGAUGUCGGUUKUCAGUUAAAAUUUCAAGCAUUUGCCGGUAGUCGGUUAUWUAAAAAAGUUGAUAAACAUUAAGUUUGAAUGCAUCUACUACGRUGCGUURUAUCAACRGAAUGCUUUCUAAAAUGCCAACAAUUGAACCGAAUCCUUGAGUCUGGAUUGGUCAAUUGGAUGCCACUCAAAGUUUUAGAGUGGCCAAUCGAAACUUCAAGAAGCCACUGACCCGAAGCAAAAUUUAUUUUUCCGCGGAAAACKUCGAAUGUAGUUGCUUGUUUUCAAGAAGGAUAUUAAAUAUUGCCUAAAAAUAUUUAUUUUUAGGAAAAGGUCGCCAGUCARCUCAAAAUAACUGAUAAGCUCAAGGAAAAGACAACAAUAAAAAUCGAAGAAAAAAAAGGAAUAGAAAAAGGGAGUAAAGAGAAAGGGAAAGGGAUUGUUGGGCUUUUCUCUCUCUCGGAACUCCCUAUGGAAAGAGCGAGAGGGACUAGAYCCGACUUCGAAGGUGGAGAAAAUAAAUCCGUUCGCAUUUUUUGCUUGUUUACUCUCGGCUUGUUUAUCUCGGAUCAUUUCACAUGUCUGAUGCAAUAAACWUCAAAAAACACUAAAGAUGAUCUUAGAUUGAAAGUUGCGAGGCUUAUAGGUUCCAUGAUAAUCUAAGGUCCCGUCUACACGAGUCCAGAGGUGUUUAUUCGGAUAGAGGCUACAAACCUGGACAAAAAGAAGGUUGAGAAUAACUGCACCCUUCAGGUCAGUUCAACAAAACAGCCUCUUAACCCCCUCCCCUCCUCCAAUCGCGUGCUCUCAAAAACACAACUUUGAGCGAAGCGGAACCGGAGGAGGACAGAAAAAAAUUAGAAAGUAUACGGAGAUAUUCCAACAUUCAGCCAAUUCUUAACUGUUUUUGUCCAGGAUUGUAGCAUCUACACGUGUGCACCAUGUACGCUUAAAUAUUUCUGUAGUCUCCGAACAUUUCUCGGUGUAAAGAAACAAACGUCUCAGGACUAGUCGCCUCCCCACCCCCUCCCCUUCCGUUUUCUCCCUCCCCACUCCCCUAGAGCCGCCACGCAGGCUAGACUAGUGUCGGGAUGAAGGGACAAAGUCUAUUUUUAGCCUUUUAAGUGUUUUGAUGCAUUGAGAUUUUAGACAUGCCGCAUGCUGGGU